CUGACCGCAGUGCAAACCCAGGAACCUUGCCCCUGCCUGACCAUUAACCUCGCUGGAGAGGGCGGCGGGCGGGCGCGCUCCCCCUCCAGCUCGUCACGGCAUGUGAGCGGGGCAGGGGCUGCCGGCCGCGCUCAGCUCCGCGGGACGCUGCUCUGCACGUUUCCUCGUCCACAGACAUCUGCGCGCCCUCAGAGCGCGCCUCUACGCCACGCUUGACCGCGGACAUGAGGCUCCAACUGCUCCUUUGUAUCGUGAUUUUAUUCCUGGCGAGCCUCCUGCCAGCCGGCGGGCAGAGGCCAGCCAACCUGGCCCUGCGCAGGAAGGUCCACCGGCAUGGCUGCUCCCACCGGCGCUGCAUGCCGCUCCACUCCCGGGUGCCCUUCCCCUGAGCCUGCCGGAGCCCAGCAACUUCACAAUGGGCUUUUCAGUGUUUUAAAGGAGCAACAAUUAAACUGAUGGAGAAGUUAGAAGAAGUCCAGAGGACAACAGAUGACCUGAUAGAGCCACCACAGUUCCAUCUUUAGCAGUCCUGCCUGACAUAUUCUGCAAGACCUGGAACAAAGGCCCCUGGCUCACACUCCAGGAAGGGAAGGAAAAAACAGAGGGUAGUAGUGGGAGGAUGUACAUGAAACUCAUCUGGUGAAACAUUCCGUAUAAAUUCUUUGACUCUCAUAAUUACCAGGAAAAGUUAAAAACCAAAUCAAACAUCAGGUACAUGAGAUGGAUUUCCAGUGGCAUUAAGAAGGAUCUGUCCAAGGGGACUCUUAAUGAUCUGUUGCUGUUAAGUACUCAACUCAGGCUGUGUGCAGGGCAGUAUUUAGGGUAAAAUGACAUCAGACUCCAGCACAGAACUGUCCAAAAGUCCACUUUUGGUUUAUAUUUUUAUAUAUUAAUAACAUAUACAUAUGUUUUAACACCUAACAUUACUUCUUUAUGGAAUUACCUUAAUAAUAAUAUAGAAUAUGUUACUGUAAUAGUACCAAAGUCAGCACCACACUAGUGCUCCUACUGGCUUCAUGUAUAGUACACAUAGUAAGAGUUUACAAUAUAGGAAAGCAAAGGUAAUAUUAUCCCUCACUCCAUAGACAGAGAAUUGAAACACACAGAGAUAAAAGAUUAGCCAAGGGUCAUGCAAAACUGAUAACUCAGAUCUCUCAAGUCAGGCCUUAAGGUCAAGCCCAUCCUUCUGUCUAAUGAGCUGUUACUGCAAAGCCUGUCAUUUGUUUUCUUAAACUGGGCUGCCAGACCAGACAGCUAAAACAUACUUAAAAAUUCAGUACUAAAGAACUGUUUGCUUAAUUGUUGUUUUCCUAAAAUACCUGCUACAAUAUUAUAAAUAGAGCAUAAAAAUAGACCAUUGAAAAGAAACCUUUGUUUGGUCAACCCCAGCAUUGUGUAGUACUCUAUUUCUGUAAUUUAAAUGAAUGGGAUAUUUGGAACACGGCACUACAAUGAAUGAGAACUUCAGGCAUAAAACAGGCUGUUCUUUUCAGCACUGGAGGUCAAGAAUACAUUGAGCUUUUAUAUGUUUCACAUCUCCUUUUUAUAUUGUCAGAAAUUACAAACCUACAUCUAAAGGAAAACAUGGUAGCUCUUUCAUUAGCAGAAGUAAAACAAACCUGAAAAUAAGUCACAAACAGAUUUUUAAGUCACUGCAGUACCCUUGAAAUGUCUGCAUUUUUUUAAAUUGCAUAAAGAUGAUCAAAGAUUAGCAGUGUCACAAUUUAAAUAUAAUUUUAUCCUGCAGCACCUAGUUUCUGAUAAGUAAAUAAGCAACAAUCAAAAUAACCAUUACAAUUUCACAUCAUACCCUAUUCUGGAGCUUUGGAAGAUCAUAAGCGCCCUAAGAAGGUAGUAAAACUUGCCUAUACCAACAAACAGCCUUGCUGGUAAACCUCUGGAGUUUCGAAUAAGGCAAUGUUCCAAAAUUCAAGGCAUACUACCACUAAAUUUAUUUUUAAAUUAUUUAUUUAACUUAGCUUUCAUAUAUAGCCACAGCUAUCUCCGCUAAAAAGUACAGGCAGAGUAUGGAAAAAGCAAGAACAGUGAAGAGUAACUAUUUAACAGUUAUGUCUAUAAAUGAGUAUAGGGAAUUAGCGUGGCACUGGAUAUUUUGUAUAACCAUAAUUAUUCAAUUAACUUUGAUAAAAUUGUAAGAAAAAACAUAAUGUAUCUAUCAGAGAGCUAUAUGUGCAUGUUUCCUUACGGAUGUAAAAAAUAAAACAAGUAACAAGGUGUCCCAGGAAA